CAGGCUGGGUGAGCAGAGAUCCCAGGCUCUGGCCAGGGCCAGGGCAGCCGCCCUGCCUCCGAGUGCUACCAUGAAUCACUUCCAGACCAUCCUGACUCAGGUCCGGAUGCUGCUCUCCAGUCAUCGGCCGAGUCAGGUGCAGGCACUCCUGGACAACCUGCUGGCAGAGGAGCUUCUCUCCAGGGAGUACCACUAUGCCCUGCUCCAGGAGCCAGAUGGUGAGGCUCUGGCCCGGAAGAUCUCCUUGACCCUGAUGGAGAAAGGAGACCCAGAGCUGGCCCUCUUGGGAUGGGUCUGGAGUGGGCUGCCGACCUCAGCAGCUGAGAAGGACCCUGGCUACAAGGACCUUGGUGGCAGUGGACAGUGUGCCACCAUGGAGUUGGGACCUAUAGAAGGCGGGUACCUGGAGCUUCUCAACAGCAAUGCCGACCCUUUGCAACUCUACCACCUCUGUGACCGGAUGGAUGUGGCUGGAGAAGAAGAGACAGAGCUCUACUCAGAACCCGAUACGGACACCAUCAACUGCGAACAGUUCAGCAGGCUGUUGUGUGCCAUGGAAGGUGAUGAAGAGACCAAGGAGGCUUAUGCCAAUAUCGCGGAACUGGACCAGUACGUCUUCCAGGAUUCCCAGCUGGAGGGCCUGAGCAAAGACAUUUUCAUCGAGCACAUAGGACUGGAAGAAAUGAUCGGUGAGAGUGUGGAGGUGCUGGAGGAAGCAGGACAGAAAAGUCAGAAAAGACCCUUCCCAGAGGAGCUGCCUGCGGAUCUGAAGCACAGGAAGCUAGCCGAGCCCCUCACCAUGCCCAUGGUGACUGACACUUUCCUGGUGGGGCCAGUGAGUGACUCCUUGGCUCAGCCCUGCCCAGCACCACCUGCUCUGUUCAACAAGGAAUCAGCAUCCAGCCAGACCCGGCUGGAGGACACUGUCCUGAUGCCCGGGCCCCCUUCCAGUUCAUUGUUGAGCUGCUUCAGCCUCCCUGCUGGAUCCAUCCAGAUCAUCCCCACUGUUUCCACUCUGCCCCAAGGGCUCUGGCAGAUCUCAGGGGCCGGGGCAGGGCUUUCCAGUAUAGUCAUCUACCGAGGUGAGAUGCCCCAGGCCAGCCAAACACCUACUUCAAGUGGCCCACCUGUCCACAACUUCCCGAAGUCCCCAGACCGACCUGGCUCUACCAGCCCCUUCGCCCCAUCUGCAGCUGACCUUCCUAGCAUGCCCGAACCAGCCCUGACCUCCCGUGCAAACCUGACAGAGGAUGAAACAUCCCCCACCCAAAGUCCGGCAGCUCUCAAGCCCUCCAGCAAGCUUCCCAGAUGGCCUGAGAGCGUGGAGCAGUUCUGCCGCUCACUACGGGACAAGUACCAGGCUAAGCCUGCAGGCCCGGAAGGCAUCCUGGUGGAGGUGGACCUGGUGAGGGUACGGCUGGAGAGGAGCAGCAGCAAGGGUCAGGAGAGAGAGCUGGCCACCCUGGACUGGGCAGAGCGGCAGCCGGCCCGAGGGGGUCUGGCCGAGGUGCUGCUGGCCACUAGUGACCGCCGGCGGCCACGAGAGACGCAGGUGAUCGCCGUGCUGGGCAAAGCAGGACAGGGGAAGAGUCACUGGGCUCAGGCCGUGAGCUGGGCUUGGGCUUGCGGCCAGCUGCCACAGUAUGACUUUGUCUUCUGCAUCCCCUGCCACUGUUUGGACCGUCGAGGGGACACUUACCGCCUGCAGGAUCUGCUCUUCUCCCCGGGCCUGCAGCCCCGGCCGGUGGAGGAUGAAGUAUUCAGUUACAUCUUGCGGAGGCCUGACCGCAUUCUGCUCAUCCUGGAUGCCUUCGAGGAGCUCGAAACCCAAGACGGCUUCUUGCACAGUGCGUGCGGGCCCGGGUCAGCAGAACCCCGCUCCCUCCGGGGGCUGCUGGCAGGCCUCUUCCAGCGCAAGGUGCUACGAGGCUGCACCCUGCUGCUCACGGCCCGGCCCCGAGGACGCCUGGCCCAGAGCCUGAGCAAGGCUGACGCCGUGUUCGAGGUAGCCGGCUUCUCCGCCCAGCAGGCCGAGACCUACGUGAUGCGCUACUUUGAGACUUCGGGGGCCACUGAGCACCAAAAGAGAGCCCUGGCCCUCCUCCAGGCCCAGCCGUUUCUCCUGAGUCACAGCCACAGCCCCACUGUGUGCCGGGCCGUGUGCCAGCUCUCUGAGGCCCUCCUGGAGCUGGACGAUGAGGCCGAGCUGCCCUCCACACUCACCGGCCUGUAUGUUGGCCUACUAGGCCCAGCCGCCCACGACAGUCCCCCGGGGGCCCUGGUGGGACUGGCCAGACUGGCCUGGGACCUGGGCCGCCGUCACCACAGCAGCCUGCGGGAGGACCAGUUCCCGUCAGCAGAGGUGAGGGCCUGGGCUGUGGCCAGAGGCUUGGUGCAGCCCACCCGGGGGGGCCCAGAGACUGAGCUGGUCUUCUCCAGCUUCCUCCUGCAGUGCUUCCUGGGGGCCUUGUGGCUGGCUCUGAGCAGCGAAAUCAAGGACAAGGAGCUACCACAGUAUCUGGCCUUGACCCCAAGGAAGAAGAGGCCCUAUGACAACUGGCUGGAGGGCGUGCCGCGCUUUCUGGUCGGGCUGGUCUUCCAGCCUCGCCCUCGCUGCCUGGGAGCCCUGGUAGGGCUGGCAGCGGCCACCUCGGCGGACAGGAAGCAGAAGGUGCUCACCAGGUACCUGAAGCGGCUGCAGCCGGGAACGCUGCAGGUGGGGCGGCUGCUGGAGCUGCUGCACUGCGCCCACGAGGCGCUGGACGCUGGGCUUUGGCAGCAUGUGCUGCACGGGCUCCCGGCCCGCCUCUCCUUCCUGGGCACCCGGCUCUCGCCUCCCGACACCUACGUGCUGGGCAGCGCCUUGGAGGCGGCAGGCAGAAACUUCUCCCUGGACCUCCGCAGCACCGGCAUUGACCCCACGGGACUGGGGACCCUCGUGGGACUCAGCUGUGUCACCCAUUUCAGGGCCACCUUGAGUGACACGGUGGGGCUAUGGGAGUCCCUGCAGCAGCGUGGGGAAGCCAAGCUACUCCGGGCAGUGGAGGAGAAGUUCACCAUCGAGCCUUUCAAGGCCACGUCCAUGAAGGAUGUGGAAGACCUGGGCAACCUCGUGCAGAUCCAGAGGACAAGAAGUUCCUCUGAAGACACAGCUGGGGAACUCCCUGCUGUCCGGGACCUAAAGAAGCUGGAGUUUGCGCUGGGUUCUGCCUUGGGCCCCCAGGCUUUCUCCAAACUGGUGAGGAUCCUUGAGGCCUUUUCCUCCCUUCAGCAUCUGGACCUAGACUCCCUGAGUGAGAACAAGAUCGGAGACGAGGGGGUCGCCCAGCUCUCAGCCACCUUCCCUCAGCUGAAGGCCCUGGAGACACUCAACUUGUCUCAGAACAACAUCACCGACGUGGGCGCCUGCAAGCUGGCCAAGGCCCUGCCCUCACUGGCUGCGUCCCUCGUCAGGCUGAGCUUGUACAAUAACUACAUCUGCGACGCGGGAGCCGAGAGCCUGGCGCAUGUGCUUCCGGACAUGGUGUCCCUCCGGGUGCUGGAUGUCCAGUACAACAAGUUCACAGCCGCCGGGGCCCAGCAGCUCACCGCCAGCCUGAGAAAGUGCCCUCAAGUGGAGACGCUGGCGAUGUGGACACCCACCAUCCCGUUUGGAGUCCAGGAACACCUGCAGCAGCUGGACUCACGGAUCAUCCUGAGAUGAUCUGAGCUGUGCCUGGGACAAGCAUGUUCUCUAAGGACACGGACCACGCUGGACCCUGACCUGGCUGUUUGUGGACACAGCUCUUUUGGGGCCAUGUCCCAGGAGUCUCAGUGCCCUGGCACCCAGCCCUGGUGGCUCAGGGUUGGCCCCUGCCCAGCUGCAGAAAGGACCCAUGUCCGGCUCUGUGGACAGACCCAGGCACGGCCCCAGGCUCCUCGGGGCCCAGGUUGAUGUCAGCCCUGCUCAGCGGCUGUGGUCCUGCCAGAUGGAUGGGCGUCUGUCUGUUGGCAGCUGCUGUCCAACCGGGAGCCCUGAGGCCUUCCCUGCAGGACACCACAGGCAGCCGUGGCCAGGCCAGAGCAAAGGAUGAGGUGGCUGCAUCUCCGCCUGCCCGGGUCCUGCCGGCCGGGGGAGAAAGCACUUCUCCACGCUGCUCCCCUCCCAGGGCACACCCGGCACUCUGACGGUACCAGCAGGCAAGCCCGCACUGCUGAUUUCCCAAACCAUGACAGCUGGGAUUCCAUGGCGCUGCCUUCUGUCUCUGGCGCUCCCUGGUUUGCACUCACUUUGUCUGCCGAGGCCAAAGCUAGGCCUGGCCAGACACGCGGACUUGAGCAGGAGAAGAGCUGACGAUACACUAAUGGAGAAGGGGAGGGGUGAUGGACUGGAGCCACAUCCACCUUUUUGCCUUCAUUUCCUGUCUUUUUUCACUACAUUAUAAAUGGCUCAUUCAUUCUCA